GGAAUAGAUAUUCCACAUUGCACUGAGUUAAAUUAAUUUUUUGAGAGCAGUGCCCAUUAGCAAGUUAUCAAAUGUUUUAAACUACUCAAUCCGCGCAUGCGUUUAAUGCACUUCCGGUCUCCAAAAAGUUUCUUGUUUUGAUGAAAUUUUGAUGAUUAUUUGACUAUGCCUCCUCAAAAGGGCAUAUUUGAGUAUAUACACAAUGUGCAGUAUGGACGCGGAAGUAUUCCUGAACUACAGAAUCGAUGUAAAGCUUCGUUGUCAUUCAUUGAAACAUUGAAGCUAGAGUCAGCCUUGGAAGUGCAUAAUGGCUGUGUGAACUCUAUAUGUUGGAACAGCACAGGGGAGUUUAUCCUGUCAGGGUCAGAUGACCAGUGUCUCAUCAUUACUGACCCAUUUAAAGAAAAGGUGUUAAGGAAGAUACAAUCUGGACAUAAAGCCAAUAUAUUCAGUGCCAAGUUCCUGCCAAACACAAAUGACAAUGAGAUAAUAUCAUGUUCUGGGGAUGGAAUAAUAUGCUACACCCAGCUUCACCCUGAUUUGGCCGCUGACUUUACAUCCUUUAACUGCCACUUUGGCACUUGCUAUGAUGUCAUCACUGUUCCUAAUGAUUCACACAGCUUUUUAUCAUGCGGAGAAGAUGGAACUGUUCGUUGGUUUGAUCUCAGACUGAAGACCAGCUGCUCCAAAGAAACCUGUAAAGAGGAUAUUCUUAUAAACUGUCGGCGUGCAGUGACUGCUAUAUCUGUCAACCCUGUGUUGCCUUAUCAACUUGCAGUGGGAUGUUCAGACAGCACUGUCAGAAUGUAUGACAGGCGAAUGUUGGGUACAAGAAUGACAGGUCACUAUACAGGAAAGAGUCAUGCUGGAUUGUUCAGUAAAUUUACACCCCCUAGUGUCAGCAGUAGGUACCAUAGAAUCACAUCUCUGCAGUACAGUUCUGAUGGUACAGAGGUCCUUGCUAGCUUCUCCUCUGAGCAUAUGUACCUCAUUAAUAUUAAGGAUACCGAAAAAGAACCCAAGACUUUAGUUAAACCCCAACCUACAAGCAAGAAUAUACAGAAUGCUGACUCAUCCCCUGGAGGUAACAAACAACCGCCAAUAAAGCGCCUCAGAUUGCGUGGUGAUUGGUCAGAUACUGGACCUAAUGCUCGGCCAGAGCGGGAACGAAGACAACAAGAAGGAGAGACGGAGGAACCCCAGAGUAACAUUAUGCAGAGGAUGUCUGAUAUGUUGACACGCUGGUUGGGGGGUGAAAGACAGGGGGAGGCUGACACAGCAGAAGGAACAGCUACUGGAGAGUCACCUAGUCAAAGGGAGGAAGGACAGAGCAUGGAACAGUCAACUGAGGAGAAUGUUGCCCCUAGUAACGAUUCAUCUAAUCUCAGUGUGGCUGAUUCAAAUGAAGUUGCCAUGGAGAUUGAUACUGAUAAUACAACAGAUGCAGAACAUGAAGUGCAGAAAUCUAAAUCUGAGCACAUUGAUGAUACUCAUGAACACUCAGGAAAUGACGCAAAAACUGAACAUAUGUCAUGUGAUAAUUCCAAUGAAGCAGGAGCCAUGAUAGACAUUGAAAUGGCUCCAAUUCUAGCCACAUCCGGUGCUAUACCUAAGUCAACGAAACUGAACAGUCAACAAACUCAAGACCCAAGAUCUUCAGUAUCAACUGAACAGACUAAUACAACACUGAAAAAAGAUGGUGAAUCUCAAUUUCGUAGAAUUCUAGAUUCUGAUAACCUGACACAAAGCAGUCAAUCUACGGGAGAAAGUGCAAUAGAAAAAGACAAUGUGGGAUCUAAGAUCCAAUCAAAUAAAGAUACAUCGACUGAAGAAACUGAGAGAGCUCAUGAAGUGACUCAAACCAAUCCUCUGUCUGUGAUACCUACAAGUGUUGAGAAUAUUAGGCCCUUAGAGAUCAAGGAAAUCAAAUUGCAGUAUAGUAAUUAUGGUACAACAGCAUCUACAAUCCAAGUAGAAUAUAAGAAGCCGCCAACCAUGUUUAGUAUAGGGACAACUACUGAUGAUAUUGCAGUUGAAGCUAGUGAUAAUAAAAAUGAUGUAAAUGAUGAAACGGAAGAUGUUAUUAAGACAAGUGAUAGCAUUGAUGGACUUGAUACUGCUGCACAUGUAACUGAUGGAUCAAGUGGUGAUACAGUCGAUAGCUCGACAACCAUCCCUCAAUGUCUUUCAUGUGGCACAGUUACUUGUACCUCAUCUUUCACUAACAGCACAUCUGGACCAGUUGCAAAAUCCAAACCAUUAGUCGGUGUAGGAACAUCAAUAUCUCCAAACACCUCCAGUGAUAAACUCUCAGAUGCCGCAAAUUUUGUUCUCGCUGGUUUAAAAUCUCAAAGCUCUAGUCGCAAAUCCUCGGCAGAUUUAUCUGUACAAGCAAGUGGUAUUACCUUGGAUCACAUCUCAGAUCAAGUAACAUCUGAUGAUGCUAGAAAUAAUGAAAGUAUUAGAAUUGAAUCUCCAAAUGAAUCGGAUGAACCAUCACAUCAUGAUUCCAAAAUUACUGACAAUGAGGAAAAAAUAUCUAGUCAAACUAAGGAAAUUGUUACUGAAGCUGUGAGGAAUGAUGAACUUCAAAUCACAGAUACAGCAUCUGUAUCUGCAGAUACAAUAUCGGAAGCUACAAUACUAUCAGCUCCAGAUACAUCGAUAGCUGUAUCCACAAUGCCACCAGCUCCAGAAGCCUCAAUGAGUUCAUUUGGAAAUGUCUCACCAUCAGUUGUGAUCACUUCACCUGUGACUCCAGCCCAGUCAGUCACUUCAUCUCUGGUGUCAGAAGCCUCAGCUUCCCCCUUAGAAUCAAACUCUGAACAAGGGUUAUCAGAAUAUAAGCCCCUGGUGCAUGUAGAAUUAGCAGAUCAGACCCCAGAUACAACAGUCUCUCAACCUGUAGCAUCAACUUCAGGUGAAAGGCGUAGAAGAGUAGGUCACAGUGGGCCCCCUACAGGAGACUUUCAACUGUAUGAUGAUGAUAAUGACAGUGAUGAAGAGCUAAUGGCUGCUCAUAGAAGAUCUCAUGCUAGGCCUAACAGGAGUGAUGAUGAAAACCUUGAAAGAAACCUAGCAGCUAUAAAAUUACAGACACUUUAUCGUAAACGUCUCGAGGCUAAGGAGAUGGAGGAACAAGACUCUAUGUGCAUCGAGACACCUAAGAUAAAGAACAUCUAUAAGGGUCAUAGGAACUCGAGAACUAUGAUCAAGGAGGCUAGCUUCUGGGGUGAGGAUUAUGUAAUGAGUGGUAGUGACUGUGGACACAUCUUUAUAUGGGACAGACAUACAGCUAAGUUGGUGCAGAUGUUAGAGGCUGAUAGACAUGUAGUCAACUGUAUCAGACCUCACCCCUCUUAUCCCAUUUUGGCAUCUAGUGGUAUAGACUAUGAUAUAAAGAUCUGGGCCCCUACGUCUCUGGAAACUACGUUUGAUAGAGAGACUGCUAAAGAGGUGACAAAGAGGAAUGAAGUUAUGUUAGAUGAGACGAGGGACACCAUCACUGUUCCAGCAUCUUUUAUGUUGCGAAUGCUGGCAUCUCUGAAUCAUAUACGAUCUGGUCGUGCUGGACAUGAAGAAACCAAUACUGAUACAUCUUCAGACUCAGAUUAA